AGCCGCGGUGGGCGUGUCUCGCGGGCGCUGCAGUUUUUUUUUGCUCAACGGUGUUUUCGUGUUUUCUGGGUCUCACCCACUUCCUUAUCAGUUCCGAGCGCUCCGUGAAUCUAGCUGUACCUCUCCGGUUUGAGCAUCCAGUGUUCCCGACACAAACUCGUCUUGUUCUGAUUCUCUAACGUCCACGUUUAAAAAUCAAAAGAUGGUGACCUCACCCUUUAAAAGCAAUUUUAAAAUUACUUACCUUGGCCUACGGCGCUGAUUAAGUCUUUCUUCCUCUCAGUAUGCCUGCUGGUCAUUGUGGUAUAGUACUCGAAGCAUUCUACUAACUAUUUACUGAGUUCGCCUUAAAUGUAGACUUCCCACACUAAAUGUUUGUGCCGCGGGUGGAGUCCAAACAGGCGGCUAUUGCGGCGUUUUUAACUUUUUAAGUAGCCGAUACAGGUCUUCCACCGAUAACCGUUCCAUCGUCAAAAGAGAAAAGUAAUACGGUAGCUAUGCCGUUUCCUGGGGCGUGUGCGCCGGUGUUACUGCUGGUCUGUUCCAUUUCGCUCUGGCGGAUGACGUCCUGCGGCCCACCGCCGAAGAAACUUGGCGGGACAGCUGGUGGUGGAGCUGAUGAUCCCUCCUGGUCACCGCUGACCGUUGCGCACUGCAGGGCCACAUGCUUGAAAGAGUUUUCUGAGGAUUUCCAUCGGGAUGCGUCAUGCAUGCAACACCCGGAUUGCUUUGCGUGCUGGCAAAACUGCGAGAUGUUGCACGCCAAUUGGUCGAUCUGGAGCAGCAUGUGUUCUGAGAAGACGUCAUGCUUCCCGGGCUGCCGGGCGGCGUGCCGCUUCUUCGCGGAGUUCCGGGCGUCGCCGCAGCAGCAGCGCCAGCUGCAGCCGGUGCGCGAGACGAGCGCGGCCGACCUGCUAGUGGUGCUGGGCGUCGAGCUGCGCUGGCCGCGGCCGCCGCGCACGCUGGAGCGCAGGGCGCGGCUGCCCGCGACGCCGGGCGCUUCGGAGCCGCGGCAGGUGGCGGCGGGGUCUGCGCGGGUGCUGGUGGUGGACCCGGGCGGCCUGCGCACCGUCUACACGCCCGCGGGCGCCCGACAGCCCACGCUGGGCGGCGGCGCCGCCGCGCUGGGGACCGGACUCGUGGCCGCGCCCGCCGGCUGGGUGCUGCCGGAGGAGAAGGGCGGCGUGUGGUCGGUGAGGGUGCAGUCGCUGAUCCACCAGGGGGUGCUGGUGAUAGCGGAGCUGUCGUGGCGGGUGCCGCCCAAGGAGGCGGAGCGGCAGCGGCGCGCCGGCCACCAGUACCUGGUCACCUGGGAGGUGGACGGCGGCGGCAUCACCGGCAACCUCUACACCGACUCCACCUGCGUCACGCUCUCCCUCUGGCCCGACACGGUCUUCCACAUACAGGUGGAGCUGGUUUCACGCUCCGAGUCAGUGAGUCGCAGCCGGCCGCUGGUGGUGGACACCGGCAGGCUGGGGGUUGAGGGGCUGUCAGCUGGAGGCGGAAUUGGGGGCGGAGGCGGCGUCUGGCUACAGGGCGUGGCCGGCCCGAUCGUGGGGGCGGCACUGAAGGCGGUGGUGGCGCUGUUCGCCCUCUUCUUCUGCUACCGCGGCUCCUUCCUGCGCCGCCACCACCAGGAGCCGGAGAAGGCGGCGCUCAUCGUGGACUUCGAGGACGAGCCUUGCUGCAAGAAGGAUUCCACGUUGAAUCCAGUGUGGACGGGUAUUGAAAAGGAAGCAACGCCUCUCGAAGAAAAGUGCAACAACAUCCAUGUAUGAAGGGACCUACCUGUUCCUUAUUACUACCAGUGUCAAAAUAGGUUUCUGCAAGGCUACCCUAAUAAGUCUACAAAACCUUUUUGUGAAAUUCUAGUCAAGUUUUCUCAAGUGCUUCAUUAAGAAGAUGUUGCAAUUGUAUAAAAACUUACCAAGGUCCUUCUGUAUUGAUUAGGUCCUGUAACACCUCAUAAGCUUGAAAUUCGUGCAUAGCUUAGUGCUUACAAAGACUGUUCACAAAGGCAAGGGUGUGUGCCACUAAAUUAGCUUGUUUUCAAAUGUGGCAUUUGGUUCCAUCAGAUUGUUGAGGUCAUUCAGUUACGUUAAAGCAAGCUUAGAAGUAAUGUACCCAUCAUAGUCCAUGUUUAUGUGCUACUGUGCUUCAUUUGUUAUUGAGACCUAAAUGAGAGAAACAAUGCCUGUAGGUAGUAGGGUUCAGUAAAUGCUGAAAGUAAUGGUCAAUGUUCACCAGAUGAAAAUAUUAAUUUAACACACAUUUUUGGAAAUGCGUGUUCUUUACUUAACGGUAUUUCUAAAUAGUAAAAUUUUCUGAUUAUUAUACCCGCUGUCUACAUAAUAUUUAAAAGCCUGGUAUUUUAAAAUAUUAAUAGUACCAAACUUAAAACAUGACUGUAUUUCUUGUAUUUUCAACCAAUUAUUAAAUUCACUUUCAUUUUUUCUAAUGAUGUUUGCACACAAUUUAAAUGUUUAAAUAUUUUUCUCAUAAAUUUGAACACUAGCACAAAUACUUAAAAAUCAAUUUCCAGUUAUAUUUCUUUCAUAGUACGUAAUACUUUGUGUCAUUAUGUUUAAGUCUACAUACAUUACAAAUGUUCCUAACAUGAUACAAUAACUACAACUAUACAUGUACUAAUUAAAUUGUUUCAGUGGUUGUGCAUAAACAUAAUAAGUAGAUUAAGUAGUCAUUGAGAUAAAUUAUUUAUUAAUAUGGCCAAUAUUCAUUCUUCAACAGCAUUGAUCCAGGUACAUAUGUAAACAUAAUAUGUUUCAUAAACUUCCAUAAAUUUGUGUAGAACAUCUAUUUCUCAUGAAGAUAUCAUAUACUAUGCUUUUGACAGCCUAAUCUAUCCUCUGUGUUAUUUUUGUAUGGUAUAUUUAUCUUGUAUCUCCUUACUUUUCCAUAAACUGUGCAAUCAAAAUAUAAUAGACAUGAAAGCUGAA